AUGAAAGUGGAAGACUCCGAGUUGAAAUCUGGAGUUGAUCCAACUUCUGGAGAAACACUGUCAAGAGACGUUGAACAGCUUACUGUGGACCAAGCCGAACCCACUUCGAGGGACCGACCUAUAGACCCUUUGGAAUUCCAAGCUGAACGAUGGCGCCGUAUCCGAGCGCACCAGGACGCAGAUGAGUACUUGUCAGAGAUUAAAGACUUUCUGAAGGAAGACUCCGAGAAGUUUUUGCCCAGAAGACUGAGAAAGGUUGCCAAGGUUGCCGAUUUAUUCAUACUGGACACUAGAGACGUGUUGUAUCGAUUAGCUCGUUCAACUCGUGAGCGCCCGCGGGACUUUCAGGAUGAACCUCGACUCGUCGUCCCAAAAGCGCUCAGGGACGAUGUCUUGCAUUACGGUCACGAGGAUUUUCAAGGAGGUCACCAAGGCAUCACCAGGACCCAUAAGAGAUUGUGUUCAGAAUUCUAUUGGCCUGGGAUGUAUGCGGAUGUGGAACACUUUGUGAAGGAGUGUAUUGCUUGCGCGAGUGGAAAAGGGAAACCUCCAAACGCCGGACCAUCGCCCGGGAAUAUCGAACCCCGACAUCCUUUCGAAGUGGUUUCGAUGGACUUUGUGACACAUAUGCCGAAGUCCGACCGAGGAAAUACGUUUUUGCUACUAUUCCAGGAUAUGUUUUCGGGUUAUGUGAUGUGCAAGCCGAUGGACUCAACCACCGCUCAGGACGUUGCAGAGGCGUAUGAGGAACGAGUAUUCCGGAAUUUCGGAGCAAGUUCGAUGAUCCGGCAUGAUCAAGAGCUUGGAAAAGGAAAACCUCCAAAUGCCGGACCAUCGCCUGGGAAUAUCGAACCCAGACAACCUUUCGAAGUGGUCUCGAUGGACUUCUCCGACCGAGGGAAUACGUUUUUGCUACUAUUCCAAGAUAUGUUUUCUGGAUAUGUGAUGUGCAAGCCGAUGGAUUCAACCACCGCUCAGGAUGUCGCGGAGGCGUACGAGGAACGAGUAUUCCGGAACUUCAGAGCAAGUUCGAUGAUUCGGCACGAUCAAGAUCCCUGCUUUAUGAGCGAGGUGUUCACUCGUUUUCGAGAGCUCUUGAAUAGUCGUCAGAGAGUCACUUUGGGAUACCGGCCUCAAGCGAACGGACAACAGGAACGAUCCGUCCAAACGGUUGUCAGGAGUAUUCGUGCUUAUAUUGAGCAGGCCGAUCAGAGUGAUUGGGACGACCAUGCGGAAAGGUUGAUGUUUGCUCUAAAUACUUCGUUUGAUGCGACACGUCUUGACACCCCGUUCUACUUGAUUCAUGGUUGGGAUCCACAAAGUACUCUGAAAGCGAUGUUGGGUCCAACACCGUCAAGUGUACCCGAAAGAACUGCUUAUGAGUGGAGGCGAAAAGUCCAGAGAGACUAUAGUUACGCGAAAGCGUGUGCCGACGAUUUGCAGAACAAAGCUCGACGACAUCGAUCUGAUCUCCAAACGCAAAAGUGGAAGGAAUUAUCCGAACUUCUGAAAUCAGGUUUUCAGAAAGGGGACGCUGUAUGGUUAUAUAUUCCGAAGGUGCAGACUGGGCGAAGUAGGAAGUUGGCACAUCUAUGGCAUGGGCCCUUCCGAAUUGAUGAAGUGUUGGACGAUUUUAGAGUGAAACUGAAGGUUGACAGUACCGGUUACCGAGUCAACCCAUGGCUUCAUAUCAGUCGCCUGAAGCCCAGAGCGUUGUUUCCCAAAAGACCGAUAAUCAGCGUGGAUGUAGAUGAAGAGGACGACUUCGAUGUUGCGUUACUCCCUGAGGACAGUUGGGAAGCCGAUAUCCAAAGGGAUGAAUACGAGAUUGAGAAGAUUUUGGAUCUCCGAUGGUCUAAGAAAACUCGAACCUCUAAAAGGCGUCGAGAGUACCUUGUCAAGUGGAAGAGUUAUAACGAUCCAGAAUGGCUCCACAUUUUAACUGAAUUGUGGGGCUCUGCUUUAUGA